AUGGCUCUUACUAAAUUCAAGCAUUUAAAUUGCCGAGCUUGCAUGUCUACAACAGUAUAUAGUGCAGUUGAUUUCUGUCUUUUCAUAAGUUUGAAAAUAACCAAGCUACCAGCAGAUCUCGCAGGAGUAUUUUAUUUCGUACUUAGGAUCUUAUCUUGGAAGUUAAAUUUACCCGUUGACAUCAUGGCCUCAGGUAUCAAAUUGGACGAGAGAUGUAAGAAUAUGUUCUCUUUCGUCAAAGACAAGCACAAAUAUGCAUGGGCCAUCAUGAAGAUUGAGAAUGAUAAGGAAGUCGUUCUUAAAGAUCAACAUGGCAAACUUGUAUCCAACACUGAUUUAGAGGAAAAUGAAAGACUCUUUGAAGCCAUGAAAGGGAAGGUUGAAGAGCUGGGAGGACCCUGUUACAUCCUCUUCGAUCUUGUCUACAAACAGAACAGUGGUACUGUCAAAGAUAAACCAAUUUAUAUCUAUUGGUAG